AUGGAACGUCUGAAGCAUAAGAGGGCUGCACGGCGUGCACAAGUAACGAAGCUGGUGAAGGAGGCCGUCGAACUACGCAGCGACCAAACAGUUAGUACAACUUCGCUUAAAGGAUUACUUACCAGACUGUUAGCUAACCAAGGCGACCUGAAGAAGAUAAACGAGGAGAUUGAACCUCUGAUCAAGGAAGAUGAUUUCGCUGCCGAAUAUCAAGCAGUUAUCGACUACGAGGAACAAUCGGCGAAUGCCAUUGGAGAAGUCCAGGCCCGAUUGGAUGAACUUCAGCUGAUGGAGAGGCCCUCUACAGCCGCCACGCCACUUCAAGCUGCGCCUUCUACUACAGCGAGCCAGCCCAGCCAUGGUGGCAUAAAGUUGCCGAAGCUACAACCUGACACUUUCACAGGCGAGUUGACAAAGUGGUUGACUUUCUGGGAACAGUUCCGAACAGCUGUUCACGAGAAUGGAAGGCUGUCGAAAAUAGAGAAAUUUCAGUAUUUGAGGACACUAUUGAAAGGAGAUGCUGCAUCGGUGAUUCGAGGUCUACAAGCCACCGAGUCGUGUUACGACGACGCAGUGGACAUCCUGAAGCAGCGUUUCGGAGAUACCGCACGAAUCGAGAGGGAAUACCUGACCAAGCUGAGGAAGCUACCCUUGGUGAAGUCGACGUGUGAUCUAUCGGGGCUUCGACUUCUCUAUGACCUCGUUCAGGCGAACAUGAGAGGACUUAGUGCGUUAGGCGUGCCAAUUACAAGCUAUGCCUCCAUGAUGGUUGAUAUCCUUUUGUCAUCACUACCCACAGAUAUGGUUGUGGAAUACCAGCGGAUGGCAAAAUACGGCACAAAAAUGCUUGAAGACAACGGAGUCGAUCAAGACGGAUCAGCACUGGAUCGCUCUGAAUCUAACACAGGGAUCGAGGCAAAGGAGCAGAAAGAGCUCUCAAGGGUGCUGCGUUUCGUUCGUGUGGAAAUAGAAAGCCGAGAGCUCUCUGGACUCAAAGCCCGGUAUGAUUCUCAAACUGGUCCACGCAACCCGAUAGGAUCGAGAAACCGAAAGGUACCAACUGGAGCGGUUCUUCAUGGAGCGGUGGGAGUCGAUACCAAGUGUGUCUUCUGCGGAGCUAGCGACCACGAGACCGCAACGUGUCCAGCGGAUUUUCCAAUGCCGGAAAAGUUGGAGAAACUGACACGUGAAAUGUGUUGUUUCCGCUGCACAAAGAGAGGGCAUCGCUCUAAAGACUGCCGUAUGAAAAUGCCGUGCACCCAUUGCUGGCGACGACACGCACCGUCAGUCUGUGGCACUUCGAAGGAAACAACGCCCAAGACGACAGUCAACGAGGUGGUGACCACGACAAACGUCACGGCAGCGAACGACGUGCCAAAGCAACAAAAUACGGAAGUGCUACUUCAGACCUUCCGAGCGUGGGCGUCAUCAGAUAAGGAGGGUGCACUAGUCCGAGGCAUUAUCGACGGUGGAAGUCAGAGGACUUUCAUACGCGACGACAUAGCCAGGAAAUUGAAGCUAAGAGUUAUUAGGGAAACUACACUGCAGCUCAACACCUUUGCCAACGAAACCGCGUCGAAACGCGUACGCAGAUGCAAAGUAGUCGAGGUUCGACUCAGGAGUCAGUAUCACCCGAAAGAAUAUGUCGUUCAAGCCACCACAAUUGACUUCAUCUGCGAAGAUCUCGCUGAGACUCCCGUGAACGACGACUUCGUGAAGGCUAUUCGCCACACUGGAAGUUUUAUCGCUGACGACAUGCUAGUUCCGGGUGUGAAACAUGAAGGUGGUAUUGGACUGCUAAUUGGCUGCGACGAGUUGUGGAAGUUGCUGACCGGUGAUGUCAGAAGAUGCGAGAACAACGAGAAAUUAGUUGCCAUCGAAACCGUUUUCGGAUGGACCUUUCAGGGGCCGUCUUCAGUGUCAGGCUACUGCGCCGAGCGGUCGACGACAGCCGUCUGUGUGUUGAGAGCUGGAGUUGGAACGCUGACAGAAGACGACAUUCUGACUAAGUUUUGGGAGUUAGAAAGUCUAGGCAUCACGGGCGACGCCUCCAGCAAGACAGAUCACGAUAAGGCGGUUUUGGAGGAAUUUGAGCGCAACAUUCGGAUGACGGCCGGCCGCUAUGAAGUAGCUUUGCCCUGGAAGGCACACAUGUCAGCCCUAGAGAACAACUAUGAGAUAGCGAAGGACAGACUAUGGAGCCUAGUCAGACGGCUAGAUAGAGACGGCUUCAGGGCGCAGUACGGCGAAGCGAUCAGAAGCUACAUCAAUAAGGGGCAUGCAGAAAAGGUGACUAAAGACGAUAAUAGCUUCAAUACUCGGUACUACAUGCCUCGCAGGGCCGUAAUAAGAAACACUUCAGAAACUACGAAAGUCCGGAUAGUUUUUGAUGCGUCGUCCCAUAGCAAAGGGAUGACGUCUCUGAAUGAUCAUUUGGAGAAAGGGCCGAAGUAG